AUGGCCUUCGCCCUGCGCGCCGCACGGGGGCUUGGCGCCCGCGGCUCGAAAGGUGCCAUGCGCAGCUUUGCCGUUGGUGUCUUCCAACGAAACAAACCACACAUGAACAUCGGUACCAUCGGCCACGUCGAUCACGGAAAGACCACCUUGACCGCAGCCAUCACAAAGGUGAUGGCAGACGAAGGGCGAGCAGAGUUUAAGGACUAUAAUGCCAUUGACAAGGCUCCGGAAGAGAUUAAGCGUGGCAUCACCAUCAACCAGGCUCAUGUAGAGUAUGAGACUGAGAAGAGGCACUACGGCCAUGUUGACUGCCCUGGUCAUGCCGAUUAUGUGAAGAACAUGAUCACCGGCGCCGCGCAGAUGGAUGGAGCCAUCUUGGUCGUGUCAGGUUACGAUGGGCCUAUGCCACAGACCCGAGAACACAUCUUGCUCUCGAAGCAAGUUGGCGUGCCCAGCAUCGUGGUCUUCUUGAACAAGAUGGACAUGGUCGAAGACAUGGAGCUUGUCGAUCUUGUGGAACUCGAGGUGAGAGAAAUGCUGGACCUUUACUCGUUCCCUGGUGACGACACGCCGUUCAUCCGUGGUGCCGCGCUGAAGGCGCUGAACGGCGACACCGGUGAAUUUGGAGUCCCAGCCAUCAAGAAGCUCAUGGAGGCUGUCGACUCGUUCUUCCCAGAUCCGCAAAGGGACGUCGACAAGCCUUUCCUCAUGGGCGUUGAGAGUGUGAUGAGCAUCACAGGAAAGGGCACGGUGGCCACGGGCAAAAUCGAGCGUGGAAUUGCAAAGACGGGUGACACGAUAGAGAUCGUUGGUGUCAAGGAUAAGACCCAGAAGGCCACCAUCUCCGGCAUUGAGAUGUUCCACAAGACGCUCGAUGAAGGUCAGUCCGGCGACCAGUGCGGAAUCAUGCUGAAGGGCAUUAAGAGAAAUGAGAUUCUGCGAGGGCAGGUUCUUUGUGCUGCUGGUACCGUGAAAACGUACAACAAGUUUGAUGCAGACAUCUACGUUCUGAAGGAGGAUGAAGGAGGGCGAAAGAAGCCUUUCUUCACAAACUACAGACCGCAGGCAUUCAUCCGAACGGGCAUGGUGACCGUGGAGGUGCAGCUACCUGAAAGCGUCGAGAUGGCCAUGCCAGGAGACUCCCUCUCCAUCAGCCUGGCGGCCGAGAAGCCCAUGGCUUUGGAGGAAGGGCUACGCUUCGCUCUUCGGGAAGGCGGUCUCACUGUGGGCUCUGGGAUCAUUACCAAGUGCUACUAG